CAUCAAAGAAUGUAAAUGGCAAGAAAAAAAUAUCAUUGUGAUGGAAGAAGUUAUAAUUACGCCUCCAUACCAAGCCGAGAAUUGUAAAGGCAAGGAUGGAAGUGCAUUAAGUCAUGUACGAAAAAUAGUUGAGAAACAUUUUAGAGAUUUGGAAAAUCAGAAGUCCGUGCAGCGUUCACAAGCACAGCAGACACAGAAGGACACAGCCUUGUCAUCCUGAGUUCCAGAAUGGAUUAAUGCUGUUCUUGUCUGAUCUAGAAGAGGAGAUGUUCUCCUUGAAGGGGGAGGGGUGGGCGGGACGGGAAGGGGAUGAAUCCAUGAAUUCUGUCCUGGGAGAUGUUGGAGAGAAACAGAGAGAGCAGACUACUUCAGACCUAGACCUUAAACAAAAAUAAUUGCAGACUAUCAUACUCAUUAUGUGACUAACGAACAAUUAUUUUUGUUUUGCUUCACAUCUCCACAUAAAACAGUCAGAAAUUUUGUUAGUUUUAAUUUUAUUUUUUUAAGCCAGUUUGCUUUUUUUUCCCCUUUUUUCUGCUUGGUUGGGUGACACUUUCGCCACUUGCAACCUGCACAGAAUUUAAAAAUGUGAAAUAAAAGUAACAAAUUGCUGACUGUAAUAAUUUAACAAAAACUUUAAAAAGAGAAGAAUUUUGUCUUAUUCCCAUAAAACAGGGUGUUUAUUCUUUAAAUAAGGUGGGGCUUGAGUUUCUUUUCUUAUGAAACAUGUAAAGCAAGUCUUUCUGCAAACCGUCUGUUGACAGUGACACACUGUUUAUGGGGACCAUAGUAACAUGCACACAGUGAGAGACAAAGCUACUCCCCCCAUGUACAAAUCAGACCCACUUUUAUAACAAAAAAUCUAAAUAUAUUUAAAUAUAUAAUUGCUUGUGGUCCGGUUUUUAUAUGGGGGCUGGCUAGGUUUGGAAGUAAUCUGUGCUCCAUGUGUGCGGUUAAAUGCUGCUCUCCUGAACUGCUGCCUAGUUUGGGGAGUGGCACGCGCCACUGUUCCUUGUAAGUGUAAAUUUUUUUGUACUUUGCAGUUUCACAUUUUUGUGAUUUCUGCCCUCUCCCUUAUCUCAUUGCAUGCCUCCCCUCCCGUCUACCCCUCUCCCUGAAAAAUAACCGUCAAAAGGGGACAUGGAGAGCUGCAAAAACAAAAUCCUGGAAAUGAAACCAGUUGCUGCAGAGAGAUUUUGAUCAGCAGCUUCUGUACAUUGCGGGACACAGAAGUUGGUGAGAGUCGGAUUGGGAUUCACUUUGAACUGCACUUUGUUAUAAACUAAAUGUGGUGAAAGCCACCCAGUAUAAAUCGGGCAUUUCAGACAUGUCUUUAGAGAGAAAAGCAAGCCCUGCCUUUUCAAAGUCCAUAUUUUUUAAAAAAAAAUAAGAAUAAGUUUUGUUUUAUCAAAACAAUAAAUCCAUUUUUUAAACCAUCA